AUGGUACGCUGGGCGCGCCUUUUCAACCUUGACAAGAGCCGGCGCGACCGGCCCCGGCUCCGCGACGAGAUGCGUGCCUUGCUCCCCACGCGUAGGGACGAUGUUCCUCCCUCGCCCAUCCCGGCCAAAGAAGUGACCAAGAUCGCCCUUCGCCUCAAGCACCAGAUCGAGGUUGUUAUUCCGUGUGAAGUCGAGGCAUCCCUGGUCACCCGUGCCCACAGCCAUAUCAUCACUCCGUCAGUAGUCAAGCUGGCCGCCUCCGCCGGCGGCGAGGAGUACAAAGCUUGCGUCGUUUACUGCUUGCUGGUCGUCAACAAGUGGUUCAAGAGGCAGGCUGUCAUCGAGCUGUGGGAUUCGGAUCUGCACGAUGUCCGUGCCGUGGCUUGCGAGGUCAUAGCGAAGAUCAUCAUCGAGAGCGAGGAGGACAUGCCUUUCUUGCUCGAAGACAUCCUGCUCAAGCGCUACUCCAUCGUUGUCAAUGGUGAAGAGACAAUGCCUGCCAAUGUCGUCGAGCGUGCCGUUGACUUGCACGCCCUGCGCAUCAUCGGAUCUUCCGGUUACCAGAAAUGCAUCAACUACCUUUGGCGCGGCUGGCUGGUGCAGGACGACGAGGAUCCUUCGCGGUUCAUCGAUUGGAAGCAGAAGGGAAAUACCGACUACUGGGCUCACUUAGACCCCGACCGAAUGCGCGUGCCUGCUUACCAAAACGCCCUCCAGAUCCUGAUUUCUCUCGUCUACCUGGCCCUGUACACUGGAGCUAUCAACACAAUCAACCCGGAUGGUGACCUUGACGUUGUCGAGGCCCUCUUGUACGUCUUCACUGCUGGCUUCAUCUUUGACGAAAUAGCCAAGUUUUGGAAGAUCGGUCGCUACUACAUUGGUUUCUGGAACGUCUUCAACAGCACUCUGUACGCCCUUCUUACCGUUUCGUUCGUGACUCGUCUCAUCGCACUCGGGCACGAUGUCGACUCGGGACCACGGGUGCGGUUCAACACGCUGAGCUAUAAUUUCCUGGCCUUCAGCGCCCCGAUGUUCUGGAUGCGCCUUUUGCUGUACCUGGACACCUUCCGGUUCUUCGGUGCCAUGCUCGUGGUGUUGAAAGUCAUGAUGAAGGAGUCUCUGAUCUUCUUUGCUCUCCUCUUGGUCAUCUUGAUUGGCUUUUUCCAGGCGUUCAUCGGCAUGGAUCAGGUUGACAGCAAGAUCACAGCUUUCUCAUUCAUCACCAAAGCGAUGCUGAACGCUAUCAUGCAGUCGCCUGAGUUUGAUGGAUUUGAGCGUUUUGCGCCUCCGUUUGGUCUGAUCUUGUAUUACGUCUUCACAUUUGUCGUUAUGGUUGUCUUGCUUAAUAUCCUCAUUGCGCUGUACAACAGCGCCUAUGAAGAUAUCACCGAUAACGCUAUUGAUGAAUACAUGGCGCUGCUCUCUCAGAAAACCAUGCAGUUUGUGCGAGCUCCCGACGAAAACGUCUUCAUUGCUCCGUUCAACCUCAUCGAACUCUUCUUGGUAAUCAUUCCAUUCGAAUGGUGGAUGGACGAGAAACACUACGGCCGUUUGAACGACUACGUCAUGGGCCUCAUCUAUUCGCCUUUGCUGUUGAUCACUGCUGCAAUCGAGACGCUCCAAGCCCACAAAGUCAAAGAUAAUCGUAAGCGUGGGGAAGACGACGACGAUACCAUCGAAGAAUGGGAGGAGCUGUCCGGAGAGAUUGACCUUGAGUCAGAAGGCUGGGCGAAGAAAUGUGAAGAAAUUGCCCCCGAAAUCGGCGUCGAGCAAGCUGUCGUCGAGGUGAGGCAGCUGAGACGAGAGAUUACGGAGCUUCGCGAGAUGGUUAGCUCCAUGAUCCAAUGA